UGUUCCUACGUCAGUCAUUGGGAGAGAGAUGUCGGUGUAUUGGUGGAAGUGGUAGUGUGUAUAUUAUUGAUUUAAAUUUGUUAAUUUUAGCUUUCUAAAUUUCAGACUUUCAAAUUUCAAGAUGGCAGCCUCAAGUCUGGGAAAACAAGAGUUUAUUGUGGGAGGAAAAUAUCGCUUAGUGCGAAAAAUCGGUAGUGGUUCCUUUGGUGAUAUAUAUUUGGGCAUCAACGUCACAAAUGGAGAGGAAGUGGCUGUGAAGCUGGAGUCAAUAAGAGCAAGACAUCCACAAUUACUGUAUGAAAGUAAACUGUACAAGAUUCUACAUGGUGGUGUUGGAAUUCCACAUAUCAGGUGGUACGGCCAAGAGCGAGAGUACAAUGUCCUGGUCAUGGAUUUGCUGGGCCCAUCGCUUGAAGAUUUAUUCAACUUCUGUUCCCGUCGAUUUACUAUUAAGACAGUCCUUAUGUUAGCUGAUCAGAUGAUUGGUCGUAUAGAGUAUGUGCACUGCAAAAGUUUCAUCCACCGAGAUAUUAAGCCUGACAACUUCUUGAUGGGCAUUGGAAGGCACUGCAAUAAGCUCUUUCUAAUUGACUUUGGUUUGGCAAAGAAGUUUCGUGAUUCACGUACAAGACAUCACAUUUUAUACCGUGAAGAUAAGAAUCUAACAGGGACUGCGCGGUAUGCCUCCAUCAAUGCACACCUUGGCAUCGAACAGAGUCGUCGAGAUGACAUGGAAUCACUGGGCUAUGUUUUGAUGUACUUCAAUCGAGGAAGUUUACCGUGGCAGGGUUUGAAAGCUGCCACAAAGAAGCAGAAAUAUGAGAAAAUCAGUGAGAAGAAAAUGUCUACACCAGUUGAAGUUUUGUGCAAGGGUUUUCCUGCUGAAUUUGCAAUGUAUCUGAACUACUGCCGAGGUCUUCGUUUUGAAGAAGGCCCUGACUAUAUGUACCUACGUCAGUUGUUUCGUAUCCUGUUCCGAACAUUGAAUCAUCAGUAUGACUACACAUUUGACUGGACUAUGCUGAAGCAGAAAGCUGCAACUUCAGGUACAGGAGCUGUAGGACCAACUGGUACUGCAGCGGGUAUCACAACACCAGGUGGAUGUUAAUGUACACAGUAGAAUUCAGUGUUCUGGGAAUUAAACAUGACAAAGAUGGAAGGAAAAUGGGCUGCAGAUUUGGUGCCUGCAUACCAACAAGUGGGUAAUUCAUAUAUCUUCGGGGUGAGAGAGUAACCUCCCAUGGAAUUGAAUUUUAAAGAUUGUUUCAGAGAUUAAAAUGUAGCAAGCAUAAUUUGAAAGCAAGAAGUUUUGAUGUGUUGGAGGUAGAGGGAGAAGAGAAGAAGUGACUAAUCUCUUGUUUGGUUGAUAGACUGUUCAUAAAAAUUGUGUACAAGUGAGUAUGUGUGUAACUGUGUGUGUGCAUGAUGCAUACUGGUAUUGCUGUAUUCUUGUGGUCAAGAACAAAGCAAAAAGAAAAAAAAGAAUGCAUGCGUGGAAGCUCAACAUUUAAACAUUUCAUAGUCAAUGUUAAAGGAAAUCAUGAACAGAUGGAACUUUUUAACACCACGUUUUUCCCCUUUUAUAUUUAAAACAGUUUGAAAAUAGUGGUUGAGAAAUGGAAGGAUGGAAAAUGGAUCCAAUAGGAAAUGAAUUGUUUGUUAACAGACUGUGAAAAAUGUGGAAGGAAGAGAUAGAAUGUUAAGAAAACAGUGUUGAUGUGAAUAACAGAAAGGUUUUCCUAGACAUAAUUCAUAUUAGCUGCAGUUUGUAGCUGUCAUUAAGUUGCUGCAUGUUCAACUCUAAAACUAUAGUUGGUAUAUUAAGAAUAAGUGUGAAGAAAAGAUCACCUGCCAAGCUUAUCGUUUGUUAACAUUAGUAGGUUGUCAUCCAUAAGAACUGGAUACCUAGUAAUUUGAAUGCUCUGUUAUAUAAUUUGAACAUAAACUGUAUAUAGUAUGUGGAUGGAUUUAUUUUUAUUCUUAUGCCAAAUCAUGGAUGUUACCCACAUGUGAUGUGUUUCUUUUUUUACAUACAUCCAAAUCAGAUAGAACACGUCUGUUAUCAAAGUAAGUAUUUUAAAUCUUUGGAAUGAACUUUGAAGUGCACUCUUGAAACCCAAACUCUUGGCAUGUUUCUGUCUGCCAUUGUAUGUUCCAUAGUUAUUGCCAUUAACUGGUUUAUCAUCACACUCAUAGGUCAAAACUUUGCAUAUGACAUUAUUUCUUCUUUGUUCACCAAAUGAUGUGAAAGAGGAUGUCCACAGAGCUUUUCCUUUUAUUUUAUGAUCACAGAGUAACUACUAACGGUUUGUGUCAGUGUCUAGAAAGGCUUUAUAAUGUAGGAAUUCAUUUUUAUUACACCAUUUAGACUUAUGAAGGUACAUAUAUGGGGUAUUUAGUGAAUAUCUUAUGUUAAUGAGCGAGUUACAGUGUACAUACAAAAGUAUGAGAAUUGACUACUUGAUAUGUUUGGAAUUUAGUGUGCUACAGUUGUAAGAAAUAUGUGACUAGGUAGGCCAAACUGUGUGAUUCGUUUUGGUUUACUCAGAAUUGAUAAGUUAAAACAUACAUGGCUAUGUAUAAAUAUCAUAGGCCUAUUGUAAUAUUCUUUGUUAUAUUGUAAAGGAUAUAUUGCUUCUCACAUGUGAGCCUCUGAAAGAUUGAAUGAGUUUUGUCAUUUCAAAAGUUCUAUUGCUUCCUCUGAUAUUUAUGAUUCUUUAUUCUCUGUAUGUCUGUAUUGCAUAUUAAAGUGUUGUCCAAUGGAAGAGGAUACGUCUGUAGUGUUCAUUGAAAUGAUGACAGUUGGUAUGUAGUAGUAAGAAUGCAUAUUUUUUAUAAGUUUGUGCAGAAACAAAUUAAAGACAGUGUUAGUGAUUUGCCAAGUAUUCAUACAUAGAGUAAAUGGGUUAUUAAUUGUUAUACAGAAUGAUGACCACUGUAUGGUCUUAUAAAUAAAGAAUCCCAAUAAAGCACUUUUGGGGUACUGUUUAAGACACAUAUUAAUACUUUAUAUUUUGUGUGUAGCAAUUAGAUGUGGAAUGAACUGCCAUGUGCAUAGAUCCCUGAGAUGUAAUGAACACAAAUGUUAAAACCUUUUGAAUUAAUAUAAAUUGUUGAUGGUCAUACACAAACUGUGGAAAGACCAGUACCUUUUGAUAGAGAAUAGACUCCUCAUUCUGUGAGAUAAAAUAAUAAAGAGGAUCAAAAACAAGUCUACGCCUUCAGCCAUGACAGCCAGGACUGCUGUGAAUGCAAGGGGGUAGUGUGCAGAUGAUUUUUAUUUCUGUGGAACUUCUGUUUUCUUGAUAAAAGAAAAUGUUCCUUCCUAGUUAUUGCUGAAUUAUUUCAUAGAAUUUCUUGUCAAGAAUGUGAUUUGUCAGAAAGUCAUGUCUGUUGUGUACUUCAAAAAUAGUAUUGUAGGAAAAAACAGAUACUGACAAUAAAAGUAACAUAAAACUGUUA